CGGGGUCAUAGGGGUCGGCGGCAGAUCGUGACCCCUGACCUGGGGGCGCUGCAGUCGGGCUACACGAGGUUCUUCGGGGGAGGCAACAGGAGGCACCACACGACCUCGUCCAAGAAGAGGAAGAAGAAGAAGAAGAAAAACCCCGGCGAGGACGACAUGCCCAUCGUGCUGGUGCCGGAGGAGAGCGCCGCCGAGUGCGUGUCCAACAACCAGCUCUCCUCCUUCGGCUUCCUCGGCUUCGUGCUCAACGUGGUCAACGCCGUCAUCAACGUGGCCAACAACCUCAACAACAACGACAACAGCAACAACGACAACGACAAUAACAACAACAACAACGACGGCAACACGAACCAGGUGGCGAUCACGGAGACGGCCACCAACGACAACCCUCCGGUCAUGGCGGUGGCCGGGCGCCGCGUCCAGCGCCUCAAGAUGAUGCGGACGGCCCUCAGCUCGCACCUGCGGAACGUCCGCAAGUACAAGACGCGGACUCGAAGGUCUGGGACGCCCUCCUCGAGACCCUGCGGUGGGGGAGGAGGCGGCGACGACGGCGACGGCGGAGUAGGAAGCGGCUCCGACGUGGUGGACGAGGCGCUGGUGGCCGCCGUGGCGCUGAUGGACAUGUGGAAGGAGGUGCUGUUCGAGGAGGACCCGGCGUGCAUGGCGCUCGAGUUCUGCGACGCGGCGGGGAAGCUCGGGCGCGUCUCGCGGCUGGCGGGCAUGAUGGCGCAGGUGGCGGGCGUCGCCGCCGCCAACAUGCUGCAAAACUUCCAGGGCGUCAACCCAGACUACCUGAUCAAAGCUUCUGAAGCAGGCGCCGAGGGAGAGAACUGCGCCCUUGUCUACAGUGCCUGCUAUCUACUGGAGGAGGAAGACUUCGGACGGACCGUGUGAUCUGGUGC